AUGGGAGACGACCAAAACAAGGCGACACAGUGGUCAUAUGGGCAUGUUGGUAUAGAAAUAACGAAGAACACCGUCCUGUGGAGAGUCGAUUACAAGCCUAUUCGCCUUGGGGUCGAUGACCCGAGUAUGACCGAUCUUUUAGAGCAGAUGGAACAGGGUGAGAGAGGCGUCUGGUUAAUGGAUGGUGUCAUGGCAAAAAUCUUUUGGGACACUCUUGAAGGCAAUAAGGUAGUUUCGUCCGAUAAAAGGCUUGGUGACCCAAGCGUUACAAUGGCCGAUCGCCGCCGUCAGGAAAUAGGUAACUUGAAAAAGGGGAUUGCUGAAGAGAAUGAAGAUCCCCAAGGUCCAGUCUCCAGAUACCAAAGCCUUGAUACAGCGACAAUCGUGGAAUUAGAUUUCGAACAUUCUGUUCUAGAGAUACGGCUCCGAGGUAUUCUUAUUAGCAAAUUGAAAAACACAUCCGGAUGGAAGCGAGAAAUGGAGUUACUCCCACUUAUCCGGUUGCAAAGCAUGCGUGCUAGUAAUCGUUCGGCUCUGUUUACGAUUGGUGAUGCAUCCGAGAGUGAGGUAAUUACGGACAAGAGGCAGACUCGCUAG